GACUGCAAUCUGCUUCUGCAACUUCUGUUAAUUGAUUGAUAAACAAUAUAUACUCAUUGGCCAGUUUAUUAGGUACACCCGAUCGGACCCCCUUUUCCUCCAGAACAUCCUGAAUUCUUCAGGGUAUGGAUUCUACAAGGUGUCGGAAACGUUCCCCGGUGAUGUUGGUCCAUGCUGACGCAAUGGAAUCACGCAGUUGCUGCAGAUUGGACGGUGGCACAUUCGUGCUGCCAACAGUCCGUUCCAUCUCAACCCAAAAUACUCUAUUGGGUUUGGUCAGCACAGUGGCAUUAAAAUGUUGCUGAAUUGGUAUCAAGGGCCCUAACUUGUGCCAGGAAAAACAUUCCCCACACCAGCACACCAUCACCAACAUCCUGCACCGUUGACAACCGGCUGUGCCAUGAACUCAUCCUGAUUACACCCAGUCCUGACUCUUAUCAGCAUGACGCAACAGGAACUGGGAUUCCCCGGACCAGGACCACCUCUGACUGGAUGUUUGUUGUUUCUCGCACCAUUCUUGGUAAACCCUAGACACUGUCGUGCGUGAAAAGUCCAGGAGGUCGGACGUUUCUGAGAUACUGGAUCCAGCUCCCUUGGCAUCGACACUCAGGUCGCUUACGUCACUUGUUUUGCCAAUUCUAAUGUUCAAUCAAACAGUAACUGAAUGCCUGUCUGCCUGCUUUAUAUAGCAAGCCACAGACGUGUGACACUGUCUGUAGGAGUGGUCUAUUUUCAUGAACGGGGUAGUGUACCUAAUAAACUGGCUACUGAGUGUAUAUCGAUGGUGAUAUGUUUAUGGACCCAUAUUUCCAAAAACGAUUCAUUCAAUGUCUUUGUUUCGCAGGGGACACCCUUAACUGUCGCUCUCUCAAUGGUAGGGACUUAUUUUGGGAGCCUCAACAACAUGUUUGUGACAAGGUAGAGAAGAGUCUCUCCCGAUCAGAACUCCUCAAAAAGUACAGAUGUACAGGGAAGAAACCUCACCACUGCUGCUCUGACUGUGGGAAGAGUUUCACUAGCAGGAGUGGUUUCAUAAUGCACCAACGGAGUCACACUGGAGAGAAACCGUACUGCUGUUCUCAGUGUGGGAAGAGUUUUGCUGCUUCUAACGCCUUCAAAUCUCAUCUGAGAAUUCAUACAGGAGAGAAACCUUACAGAUGCUCACAGUGUGGAAAGAGUUUUGCUGCUUCUAACACUUUCAAAUCUCAUCUGAGAAUGCAUACAGGGGAGAAGCCUUACCCCUGCCUUGAUUGUGGUAAAAGCUUUGCUAACACGGGAAUUCUAACCAUACACCAGCGCGCACACACUGGAGAGAAGCCUUAUAGCUGUAAUCAGUGUGGGAAGAGCUUUGCUCGGUCAGGAGAGCUGACUACACACCUGGUAACACACACUGGAGAGAAGCCUUAUGUCUGUCUAUGUGGGAAGAGCUUUGCUCUAUCAGGACACCUGAAUAGACACCAGCGAACACACACUGGAGAGAAACCUUAUAGCUGUGAUCAGUGUGGGAAGAGCUUUGCGCUAUCAGAACACCUGAAUAGACACCAGCGAACACACACCGGAGAGAAACCUUAUAGCUGUGAUCAGUGUGGGAAGAGUUUCAGUCUAUCAUGGACCCUAAAUACACACCAACGAACACACACUGGAGAGAAACCUUAUGUCUGUCUAUGUGGAAAGAGCUUUGCUCAUUUAGGGCCAAUGAAAAAACACCAGAAAGCAGAAAUGUGCCAUAUUUCCUCUCCCUCCUAUCUGACACUGGUUCCAGAUCACUAAAUAAAGUAUCAAUAGAAAACAUCUAGUGAACAGUCAUAUCCAUCUCCCAUUCUUAGACAGUUGCCUUAGUCUGAUCACCAUGGUAACCUCUGGAGCAUAAUAUGCAGCUCUGAUCUAGGAUCAGUUCUCCCCUGUGUCUGUAAUAUCGCACAUUGGGAUUUAAACGGAUAAAUGUUAUCAAGAGAAUGUCAUAGUCAACGUGUGUUUACGUACUCCUAAAACUAAUCAAUGACACAUUGAAUAAUAAUAUUUAUGAGGUCAAGGUAAGAUCUAUGCAUGCUGUGUCUUGUGACAACGGUUAAUGUAAUAACUUUUAGAUUUAUAAUGUAAUAAAACCUGGAAAUGUAAUAUCUUGUUGGUUAAUAUGAUAAAAUGUUAAAUUGUUAUAGUCAUAACUUUUCCAUUUCAUGUAGGAAGUUACAGUAUCAUGUAACAACUUUUUAUGAAAAUUUUUAUAACUUCAACCGAUCAUGUAAUAACACCUAAACCAAUGUUUAAUCUGUUACUUCACUAAUGUUUAUAGUAUACACAUACCACCCUCCACCAAUUACAAACCCACACACAAACAUAUGCACUUGUACUCACACACAAAUACACAGUUUCAUCAUCAAGUUGUAUUGGUCACAUACACAUAUUUAGGAGAUGUUAUUGGUCACAUACACAUAUUUAGGAGAUGUUAUUGGUCACAUACACAUAUUUAGGAGAUGUUAUUGGUCACAUACACAUAUUUAGCAGAUGUUAUUGCAGAUAUAUGAAUGCUUGUGUUCCUAGCUCCAACAUUGCGGUAAAAUCUAACAAUACACAAAAAUACACACAUCUAAAAUUAAAAGAAAGGAGUUAUUGAAAUGUACACAACUGCACAAUCACACACACACACAAUUAUCUUUUUUUUUUUUACUGAAUUCAUCUGUAGGCCUUAUGGUCAAUGAGCCAGGGGGCUCAGUCGGGGUGAAAAUGUCUCAUAGACCUUAAAAUAAAAUUAAUCACUGUG